UUGAACAUUUUAAAUUCGCGACCCGCUAAUCAGAUGAUGCCAGAGAGUGUGAGACAGUGUGGGUUUAGGGCAGGGACAUGUAGUUUGGCACAGUAUGACAAUGUCAGUGGUAGAGGGAGGGAAUGGAGAGAUCAGAUAGGAACUGAAUACAGAAGGGGCAGGAACAGCAGGAAUCACAGGGGCAGAAUUAUUAGCAGACUUCCCAUCUGAUUCUUUACUGACACUUCCUCUCAACAGCAAUGCAGUGAUAUAGGAAACCUGAAUACUUCUGUCACUUACACAAAACAGUCAGUAUUAAAGUGUAUCUCAGCAAAGAUUUCUCUGUGGCCUGAAAAUAAACUCCAAACAAAGUGAAUCCAUUGGACGUUUCCCAUCAAGGAAUUGCAGGGCCUUAAAAAUGAGCCUUGAGUACGAGCUGCCUGAGCAAGCAAGUCCUUUCCAUGUCAGAAGUUGACACAAGAGCACACACUUGGAGCUCCCUCAAGAAAUUUCUCAGCAAGAAUAUGAGAAUGUGCAGCUAUUACCAGGCAAAGCCACAGAUGUGAGCUAAUGUUCUAGAUCAGCUGCUGGACCUCCCAUAAUAUAGAAAGAUGGCCAUCGUAGAGUCCUUAGAGAGACAUGACAGACGAAUGGAGUAUGAUUGGAGUGGAAGAUAGGAGAAUUGGUGGAUUGGAAGAGCAGAGGAGUGGUAUAGAUGGGACUAUUUUACAACAACAUGAGAGGAUAGUAGCGAAGGAGUCAUGGAAUAGUGGAGUUAAGCAAAGGACAAAUUGGCAAGGGAGGAAACGCCAGGGGCCAAAGGGGAACCGACAACCUUGGCUCAAGAAAUCCAAUUCAUAUUUGGACCCAAAUCAGGGUACUAGUAGCAGUGUGUCAUGCAGAGACAGGCUGAGGAACAUCAAGUUUACAGAGGAGGAAAAUGAUGUGUUGGUCUCCAAAGUUCUGGAGAACUACCGCAAACUGUAUGGAGACGAUGCAUCGAGGACAUCGAGUUUCGAGAAGAAACGGAUCUGGCGCGGCAUCCUAGAAGCCAUCAACUGCCUUGGCGUGAGCAUCCGAAACAUGGACACUUGUAAAAAGAGAUUUGCCGACUGCAAACGGUUUGUAAGAGCUAAAAUGAGCAAACACUGGCGCCAUGCUGGCAGACGGUCAGCCGUGAAUGUGUAUUAUGCAGAUUGGGAAGAGAAGAUCAAAGCAAUUAUAUGUCCCCUUGGCGAGGCAAUUCCAGGAGUCAUUGACUCAGCUGACCCUUGCACGUAUGAGUGUCCAGAUCAUUGGUCUCCCCUGGAGAGUGUUUCGCCAGAAGCCCAGUUGUCUCCAGAUGAAAACAUUACCCCAGAGGUUCCGUUUUACUCUGACUCUCAGACAUCAGCAGAACCAAAGCCCCAGGGUGAAAAUGAAGAAUGGCAAAGCUUUAGGGAAGAAGCAACUCUGAAUGUAAAAGAGGAAGGAGAGGCGGCUGCAUUGCCCGUGCCACAAGAGGAAGAUGAUAAUCAGAAUCAAGAAACGUUCUCUUCUUCUCAGCAGUGGGAGGAACAGCCUUCAGAAGAACCCGUCUAUCCCGAUAUGGACCGGCUUCUCCAGCAGAGUCAGGAUGCAUUCCGGCGAAGUCUUAGGAGGCAGCUACACGCGGUCCGGCAGGAACUUCGGGAAUUCCGACGGGAUCACACCGAGAUGAUGGACUCGCUGCUUACACUUCAUCGCGAACACAUCAUUGUAGAGGAACAACGGAAUGAGAUUCUUUCUCAGUUGGUGACAACUGUUAGUAAUCUAGCAAGCAAGCUAAGCACUGGCGACGCAUGCAAACCACAGCAAUACUCACAGCCACCGUUGGCUACACCUAUAUCUAUAGGCACAGCUGAAAACUCUUCCACUAGGACAGGUAUUUCUUUACAGACUCUGCCACGUUACCCUUCCCGCCAGUUAACGGAAGAUCCCAGACGCAACAUCGUGCACAGAAAAAAAAAAUUUGCCCUACACCAUGGAUCUAUAGCCAAUAAAAGGAAAAAAUAAAUAUUUUUUUUUAUCGGUCCCUUUUUACAUUUCGGAUAUAUUUUUUAAAAUCAAAUUAUUAGUUUAUUAAAAGAAAUAUAUACAUAUUAAAAUAUGCUUUAAAACAACUGUGCAAAUCAUUUUGUACGAUCUUGCAAUAUAUUAUAGAUGGUUGGUCUUUAUAACAGGGGGUUUUGGAGCUGCAAUUUUAUGCACAGGGCUCAAAUUCAUAUUCAUACAUUCCCAAGAGGCUUCAGCGACCCUGAAAUAGGAUAUAUUGUUAUAUGUUGUUACCCAUAUUGAAUAGAGAUAACAACCAAUCAGCACAUUUUAUUGUGUUUGAGAAGAAAUCUGUGCAGUGAAUGGCUGAUGCUGUUAAAGGGGGUGGUUCACCUUUAAAGGAAAAAUUAAUAUGGUUAA